AUGAGUUCUAGAUAUUCCAACGCUGGAGGUGCUCAUCAGAGAGAUCUCAGGACCCAGCUUUUUGCGGCACCGCCUCGCGGGAUCAACCCCACACCGCCCUCUAGAUCAGAAUCACCAUAUGAUAACGCCACGCCCAGUAACAGCGCUAAGUACAACGAACUGUACCUUCUGUCUUUAGAAUCGCAAAAUAAUGACGAGCUCGAUACAAUGGGCGCCAAAGUGCGCUUACUAAAGGAUUUAGGUGUAAGAAUGGGAGGAGAAAUCAAUAAAUCAAUCAAACUUAACGACGAGAUUACUGAUUCCAUGGAGAAAGGUAAGUUACAGCUCAGAAAGACGUGGAACAGGAUGAUUGAUAUGAGCCAGCGUGCAGGAAUAACGUGGAGAAUGUGGUUGGUGGUAUUUGCAUUGGUCGGGAUUUGGUUCUUUUGGGUCUGGAUAACUUAA